UCACAGCCCAUAAACUGAAUGGGCAAAAUUAUUUGCAAUGGUCUCAAUCCAUAUUAAUGUUUAUACGGGGAAAGGAGAAAGAUGACUACAUCACUGGAGCUUCGGCGGCACCAGAAACCACAGCAUCAACCUACAAGAAGUGGAUAGCAGAAAAUAAUAUGGUCAUGUCCUGGCUAGUCAACUCUAUGACCCCUGACAUUGGUGAAAAUUUUCUGUCAUUUGAUACUGCCAAAGAAAUCUGGGACAUUGCAAAAGAAACUUUCUCAGACAAGGAAAACACAUCUGAAAUCAUCCAGAUUGAAGGCAUCCUCCACGAUUUGCGUCAAGGAAACCUUACGGUAACUGAAUAUUUCAAUACUCUUACUCGUCUAUGGCGUCAACUUGAUACGUUUGAGGUUCAUAACUGGAAUUGUGUUACAGAUGGUUUGUUGUAUAAAAAGAUUGUCGAAGGGAAACGUGUGUUUAAAUUUUUGUUAGGUUUGAACAAAAAUCUUGAUGAAAUCAGAGGAAGAAUCAUGGGAGUAAAACCUCUACCUAGCCUCAGAGAGACAUUCUCUGAAGUGCGUCGUGAAGAAAGUCGGAAAAAUCUCAUGAUGGGAUCCCAUCAACAACUGAAUAUGGCAGAAAGCUCGGCUCUUAAGACUCAAUUCGCUCCUUUUGACAACCGUCAAAAAAUUAAAGGAGGUAGACCUUGGUGUGAUCAUUGCAGAAAGCCGGGACACUCAAGAGAAACUUGCUGGAAGAUUCAUGGAAAGCCAGUAGAUUGGAAGCCACGUCAACCACUUGAGAAAGAAGGACGAGGCAAUCAUGUGGCUACCGAUGAACAAUCGCCACAACCUGAAGCUAGCCCUUUUAAUAAGGAGCAAAUGGAGAUGCUUCAGAAACUACUGUCUCCUCUUUUGUCAGUACAGUCACAAACUGGCUCAUCUUCCAACCAGCUCAUUGGUUCCGGAACCUUGGCUCACAAAGGAUUUGGAUUCGGGGAAGACGAUUGGCAAUGCUGAGGAAUGCUCUGGACUCUACAUCCUUAAGGAGCUCCAUGAUCCACAAGAACAACC